ACAAUGGACCCGACAGAAGCCUCGCAAAAGCUCCUGCAAGCUUUAUCGGCACACGAAAUCCCACUCGGGGAAGAGGAUGUCCUUUGGGUGUUCGAUAAUGCCAAAACUGCUGCCCCGGUAACGCAAUGGGUUGAACGGUACAUCACGGACGAGGCGCUAGUCUCGCGAGAGGAGCUUGAGAUGUAGGUCCUCCGGUUGUUGGCGUGGGGUACCGCUCAAUGAUUAACAUUUAUAGAUACAAUCACCUCAAGAAGACGGGCACGCUGUCAAAGCUGCAGAAGGCACACCCUGAGUUGGCAUUUGUCAGACCGCGGUCGGAGGAGGACUUGGCGAUUGAGAUUGAAGGACUACGGAAGAGUGCUGAGUUGCUGAAGCAGCAUACGGCCCAACUGAGGAGACAGAAGGCAGCCUUGAAAUCUAUGAAGGAUAGGACGAGGGCAGAUAAGGAACGUAAGCGAAAGCUAAGCGAGCGGAGGAGAAGGAAGUGGCUGUCUCAGAAGGAGGAUCUCCAGGCUGCUGUAUGUUGCCGCCCGAUUAGACACACGCAUGGCGAAAUUUAUUCUAACGAUGAUAGAUCGAUGAUUUAUUAAGUAUCCUAAAAGAGGAGAUUGUCGACUUGAAGCAAUAUACGAAAGAGUCCGCCGUUGAUGUUGAAGGUGUAAAUAAGAUGUUGGAGAGUGACGACAGGGUGCUUGCCCGGCUGGAAAGACUUGCAGGCGGCGUGAUUGUUGGCGACGGCGGCGAUGACGGGAAGGAGGUUAUUGGCAGAGUGACUGCGCUUGUCAAAAAGCAAGAACCCUUCUUGAUCUGGCCUCUUGCGAGGAGAGUACUAAUGCGUUUCGCAGGCUAUCGACCCUUUCGGCCACAGCCCUGAAAACUCGGCUUGACCGAAUCUUCCUGGAGGUAGCAGGCUCGCAUAUUUCGGAGAAUAAUGACCCCGAAGCAGAAGAGCUGCAAAAAGACCUUGAAAGCCUAUACGCCGAAAUCCCGUCAGUUGCAGAAAUGGCUGCCGAACAAGUAUUCCUCCAACCAGUGCUGGAUGAAGUACACAAAGGCCGGAUGAAAGCCAGCUCGGGUCUGCGAUUAGGUGGAACAUAUGUCGGCCCCCCCUUUUGAAGCUCUAUAGGGUGUUGCUGAUAUAAUUUCAGAUUUGCGAUGUCCUCCACCAUCUCCAAAAACGCCACACGGCGACCGCCCAGAGUUUGAAAAUAGAACUUUCCAAGCAGAAAGCAAUUUCUACAGUUUUAGCAACAAUUGAAGAAGAAUCAGUCUCCCCGCUUGCAAAACCCCCUAAAGUUACCGCUCCAAGCACACCACCCCCAGCUCCCAAGAGCCCUAACUCAAGCCCAGGCAAAAGGCUUCCUUUCCGCACGAUGCCUGUUUUCACUCCUCCACGUCAUAGGCGUGGUAGAAGUACUGAUUUCUCACUUGACGAGGACGAGUAUCCUGAACUACGUAUGUUGGCACUAUUGGGUAUCUCUGUCGCACCAACUACCACCCCUCUUUUUGUAUCACCAAUUAAAUCUGCAUCACCAACACCUUCUGUCCCAGUGAUUAAGGAAUCGCAGAUCAGAGAACAUAUAGUUCAACAAAAUUCCAAGCUCAAGGCACAAGAGAUGGAACUUGCAACUGGAGAAGCAGAGCUUGCAGAAGCGUGGAAUGUAAGCCGGCUGCUGGAGGCGGCAUUAAGGUCUGGUAAUGACUUCCCGGGUGCGGGAUUGAUUGGCGAGGAGUUAGUCAGGGGCUUAGAGGAGGUUGAGAGCAAAGUUGGUGCUGUGGCUGGAAGGAUGGAGGGGAUUGCUGGGGGCUUGGAGGAGUUGAGGAAAGGCAGUGGUGAUUUGAGCGGGCGAGGAGAGAAGAGGGCGUUCGUCGAGAGGUGGGGGAGGUGAUAAGUCCAUACAUAGGUCUUCUGGGCAAGGGGUUAUAUCUCGGCAAGGAUGGUGUGCAAAGGGUUUAAUAAAGUAAAAUUAAUGUUUUGUAUCCACAAAAUCCCUUCUUGAGUUCAGGGGAUGCACUUACCUUAAAUUGAUCCGAAAGUAAAGCUCUAGUUAGAACUUUUCUAUCGAGAAUAGGAUAUCAGCCCGAGGUAACCGCCCGCACCUGGCUAUUUCCUGGUUGGCCGUAUACAAUAUCAGAAUGUUUAUUAUUA